AAUAACGCCGCUCGGUCACCUCCCCAUUCAGGAAGUUGAAAAAAGGCUCAACAAGGGCGAAAUUGUUCUCAGUUCACUUACUUUCCAUCCCGCAGUGCAGUUCCCCAGUAGAUAUUUGGCUGUUUCACAUGUAUUCCGUCUCAUGAGUGUGAAAGAAAGGACCAUUUUUCACGGACUUUUUUGCAGUAAAGGAUGUCAAUGAGGCCUCGCAACAGGGAAAUCUGCGCUGACUGCAGCGCCCCCGAGCCUCGUUGGGCCUCGAUCAACAGGGGAGUUCUUAUCUGCGAUGAAUGCUGCAGCAUCCACAGGGGCCUGGGCCGCCACAGCUCUCAGGUCCGCCAUCUGACCCACACGGCGUGGCCCCAGUCCCAGUUACAGAUGGUACAGACUUUAUACAGUAAUGGGGCUAAUUCAAUCUGGGAGCAUAGUCUUCUCGACCCCUCGUCCAUCAUGAGUGGAAAACGCAAAGCGAACCCACAGGACAGAGUGCAUCCUAAUAAAACAGAGUUUAUAAAGGCCAAAUACCAAAUGUUGGCUUUUGUCCAUCGAAUGCCAUGUCGAGAGGAUGAUAGUGUGACUGCGAAGGACCUGAGCAAGCAACUCCACUCAAGUGUGCGGACUGGAAAUCUGGAGACGUGUUUGAGGCUGUUGUCUCUGGGAGCACAGGCCAACUUUUUCCAUCCAGAGAAAGGGAACACUCCAUUACAUGUGGCAGCUAAAGCUGGUCAGGUGCUACAAGCGGAGCUCCUUACCGUGUACGGUGCAGACCCCGGUGCGCCAGACAGCAGUGGAAACACUCCUGUUGAUUAUGCAAGACAAGCAGGGCAUCAGGAGCUGGCUGACAGGCUGGUGGAGAUCCAGUAUGAACUGACGGACAGACUAGCGUUCUACUUGUGUGGAAGAAGGCCGGAUCAUAAAAAUGGGCAGCACUUUAUAAUCCCCCAGAUAGCAGACAGCAAUCUGGAUUUGUCAGAGCUGGCCAAAGCUGCAAAGAAAAAACUUCAAUCACUUAGCAAUCAUCAGUUUGAAGAGUUGGCCAUGGAUGUUUAUGAUGAAGUCGAUCGAAGAGAGACGGAUGCAGUCUGGCUCGCUACGCAGAACCACAGCACCCUGGUGACCGAAACCACAGUGGUUCCUUUCCUUCCCGUUAACCCUGAAUACUCAUCUACCAGAAACCAGGGCAGACAGAAGCUGGCAAGGUUUAAUGCACACGAGUUUGCCACACUUGUAAUUGACAUUUUAACUGAUGCAAAGCGUCGUCAGCAAGGGAGUUCCCCAGACAAUGUCAAAGAUAACGUGGAGCUCAUUCUAAAAGAUAUUGGCAGCCGCCAUGGGAGUGAGAGUCAGGAGCUGGAUCAGCCUGACUAUGACAGUGUCGCAUCCGACGAAGAUACAGAACGGGAGCCAGCCUCUGGGAAAGAUGAGCGGACAAAGAGCUCGGAGUCAUCCGACCUGUCCGAUGGACCAAUCACGGUGCAGGAGUUCAUGGAGGUGAAGAGCGCUCUGAAUGCAUCAGAAGCCAAGAUCCAGCAGCUGCUCAAGGUCAACUGCCACCUGAGUGAAGAGCUAAGGAUCAUGCAGAGCAAGCUUAACUCCCUGCAAAACGAGAACACUAGUCUAAAAUGGCAGGGGGCCAACAGCCUGGCCCACCCGCAAGACCCCCAGCGGCGGGUGCAGCCCCGUGGAGGCCGGGCCAUGUCCAUGUAUGAGACCGGCUCGGGCCUGAAGCACUAUCACCCCAGAGCAGACGGUGCCCACCCUGACCCAGGCGGCCUCACCCUCCAGCCCCUGCCACCCAACAUUGGGAAGGGUCCUUCCGUGGCCGCCUCCUCCUCCCUCCCCACCUUCCCCUCCUCCCUGUCCUGGUCGUGGGAUGAGCGAACCCAAAGGGGCUCCAGGGUGGACGGCCAGAGCGGCGUGUCUGAGAGCGACUAUGAUAACACACCCAACCACGCAGAGUUGGAGGACUCUGGGUCAGUGAGUGCUCCCAGGACUGCAGGCUGGUUGGGAGAGGGGGCUAUUCCUGAGUCAGGUGACCCUGAUGAGUGUGAGCCUGACCCAACUCUGCCCUCCACAGAGGACGUCAUCAGCAAGACGGAACAGAUCACCAAGAACAUCCAGGAGCUGCUGCGGGCCGCACAGGAGAACAAACAUGAGAGCUCCCAGCUCUGUCAGGGCUGUUUCAGUGGUCUGCUGCCCUGCGCUGAGCAGGCCGAGAGAGACCCCUCUCUGCAGGACCCUGCUUCCUGCUUUGUUCCAUGUUCAGAAAGAAUUCAUCUAGCUGUGACUGAAAUGGCUACCCUGUUUCCCAAGAGGCCGAGUUCAGAGAUGGUGCGUGGGUCACUGCGCCUGCUGACCUCCAGCGCCAGCCGACUGCAGGGCGAGUGCCACCGGGCCACGCCGGCUGAUUCCUGCCCUGCCGACGCCCAGCUGGUCACCCAGCAGCUCAUCCAGUGCGCCUACGACAUCGCCAAGGCCGCCAAACAGCUCGUCACCGUCACUACCAAAGAGAGCAACUGACCUGCCGGAGUCUUGCCCUUUGUUCUAUUCCAGUGUUUCCCAAUGCUGGUCCUGGAUUACACGUGCCCAGCACAUUUUAGUGCAGUGGUCACCAGCUCUGGUCCUGGAGCUCUACCUUCCUACAGAGUCUAGGUCCAACCACAUCCUGCCACACCUGCUCCAGCUCAUUAGCUUCUUCAGAAGUUCUCGAUUGGCUAGAUCAGAUGCAUUAGUGUUAGGUAGGGGAAGGAGGCAUAUUAGAUGCAGGAUGGAACUAAACUCUGCAGGAAAGUAGAUCCCCAGGGGAAGGGUUGGCACAGGAAAAACACUAAAAUGUCCAGGGUAUUUUAGGACCAGAAUUGGAAACCACUAUCCAGCUCAUUUCAAUACGGAGGCUUCGGCCAUCAUUACUAUUUUUUACGGCAUCAGUAUUAAGUAUUCUGAAAAGUAUUAUGUUGUAUUUUUUUUUUUAUUUAAAGGACUUCGGUUCACAGUUUUUUUUUGUUAACCAAAUUUUAAAUUUUAAAUUAUAACCUUUGAUGUAUAACCUGUUGUUACAAUGUUGACACAUAAUGGCAUGUUAACAUGUUGUUGAAGUCUACAGGCCGUAGGUUUUCACCGUCAACCAACAUCUAGCUCAGUCUGUACUGCCAUUUUCCGAUAACUUGUUGAGUUGCAAUCGGAGCAACUGCCGUGUGACGAUGCAAUCUCUUGUUGUAAUAAAACCCGGCCGUGAUCUGUUCAGUGAAUAUUUAGUCCUCUGGGCCUUUCUGCAUGAAACACCACUUUAUCCCUCAUCCUGUAACUUUUUAACAGAUGUGUAGAGCGUCUUUUCAUGUAUGCUUUAGUCUGUAAGCUAUUAUACCUCACUCACUUUUAUAUAUAUGUUUACUAUAUAUACUAUAUACUCAACUGCUCUAACCUCUUGUUACCAUGUUCCAGAGACCCAAAACACUGUCUUCGAUUUGGACGUAUAUUUGGGUUUAAAACACAGAACCACAUUUGUUCUCUUCCUUCAAGUACUUUUUUGUUAAUAACAAUGGACAGAAGCCUCUCCCACUAUUGUUUUCCAUUGCGUUUAUUUGUACCUGUGCUUUGUGCAAUUGUGAAUUGAGAUUCAUCCAAAGGAUGUGUUCAAUUACUAAUGUCUCUAACAUCCACCAGCAGUUGCGCUUGUGAUUUUUAUUUUUUUUAUAUGUGGUGCUAUUAUUAGUUUGUCCUCGUAUUAUUCAGUACUUUGUAUAAUAUAUAAAUGCUGCUAGCUGUCUACUACAUAUGCAACUAAUAAGGUGGUGUUGGCUAAAUCCCAUCCCUUUACUGUUACAAAUAGAUAUCUGUUCAAGGCGCAGCGACACAGUGGACCUCGUACAGGAAUAAGAGAAACGUCGGUUUCGCUUCUGUGAAAACCCUGCCAUUGAAUAUAAUAAACCAGAAUUUAUAACGUGUGUCACGCACAAGA